AUGGUUGACUCCGGCGUGGCGAUAGCUCUCGGCGUGGUCGGGUUCCUCGUGGUGGUGCUCGCGAUCGCCUGGGCAGUGCGCUGCGCCGUCGCCCGGCGCCACGCCGAGGAGGCGAAGGAGGCCGUCGGCGUCGGCGCGGGGCUGCUGGACAAGGAGGCCGUCGGCGUCGGCGCGGGGCUGCUGGACAAGGAGGCCGUCGGCGUCGGCGCGGGGCUGCUGGACAAGGAGGCCGUCGUCGUCGACGUCGAGACCAAGCGCGAGGAGCCGCUCUGCGCGAUAUGCAAGGGGCCGCUGGCGGUGGGCGGGGGCAGGUGCCGGCGGCUGCGCGCGUGCGGCCACGUCUACCACGCCGAGUGCGUCGACCUGUGGCUCCAGCGGAAGCCGAUCUGCCCGCUGUGCCGGGCCAGCGUCGUGCUGUCGCGGACGGACAUCGUCGACGCGAUCGUGUGA